UGUUCAAUCCCGCUGCAGUGAUUGGCCGAGAGGCGCAUAGUCGUUUUAUAGGCCAAAGGUUUUCAGCGCAGUCUGUUUAUCGGGGCCGGAACAGUAACGACAUUUAACAAUGCUCUUCAAUAAGGUUUUAAAAGCCGGUGUGCGGUCUGGGGUCCGGCUGCAGAGAUCCAGUUUUGCGGCAUCCGGUGCUGAAGCAUCUCACUCGGGCCAACCAGCAUCUCCCGGCUUCUCUUUUGAGCUGACGGAUGAGCAGAAGGAGUUCCAGCAGCUGGCGAGGAAGUUUGCCCGUGAAGAGAUCGUUCCUGCCGCGCCUGCUUAUGACAGGAGUGGUGAAUAUCCUAUGCCCAUCAUCAGGAAAGCAUGGGAGCUCGGUCUGAUGAAUGGUCACAUUCCACAGAAAUAUGGUGGAAUGGGCUUGUCAAUCUUUGAUAACUGCAUCGUCACAGAAGAGUUGGCUUACGGCUGCACUGGAGUACAGACCGCUAUCGAGGCGAACUCUCUGGGACAAAUGCCUGUUAUUCUAGCUGGCAGUGACACACAAAAGCGCAAAUACCUUGGAAGAAUGACCGAGGAGCCUCUUAUGUGUGCGUACUGCGUGACGGAGCCCGGGGCCGGCUCUGAUGUGGCCAGCAUCAAGACGCGAGCUGUAAAGGAUGGCGACGAUUAUGUUGUUAACGGGCAGAAAAUGUGGAUCACCAAUGGAGGGAAAGCUAACUGGUACUUCCUCCUGGCCCGCACUAACCCAGAUCCUAAAUGUUCCACUGGCAAGGCCUUUACGGGCUUCAUUGUGGAGGCUGACACUCCGGGAAUUCUGAUAGGAAGAAAGGAGAUGAACAUGGGCCAGAGGUGCUCUGAUACCAGAGGCAUCACCUUUGAGGAUGUGAGGAUACCAAAGGAAAAUGUCCUGAUUGCAGAGGGAGCUGGCUUUAAGAUUGCAAUGGGCGCUUUUGACAACACCCGGCCCCCAGUGGCAGCAGGAGCAACGGGGCUUGCACAGAGGGCCCUUGAAGAAGCUACUAAUUAUGCCCUUGAGAGGAAGACUUUUGGCAAAGUUAUUGCUGAGCACCAGGCCGUGUCCUUCCUCCUGGCUGAGAUGGCGAUGAAGGUGGAGCUGGCCCGGAUGGCGUACCAGCGCUCCGCCUGGGAGGUGGACCAGGGCCGCAAAAACACCUACUAUGCCUCCAUCGCCAAGGCAUUCGCCGGGGACAUCGCCAAUCAGGUGGCCUCUGAUGCCGUUCAGGUGUUUGGAGGAAACGGCUUCAACAGCGAAUACCCGGUGGAGAAGCUGAUGAGAGACGCUAAGAUCUACCAGAUCUACGAGGGCACAGCUCAAAUCCAAAGACUCAUCAUUGCCCGAGAGCACCUGGGAAGAUACAAGAAGUGAACCCUGCACACCUGACUUGUCCUCGUUCCCAAAUCACGUGUGUUCUGCUAACACGGUAGUAACGUAUUGUUUGACUAGAAAUUGUAAAGAAUAUGCCAUUGCUAUGAUUGUUUGCCUUAACAGAAUUCAGAUGUAGUGUUUUGGUUUUGUUGAAGAUGAGCUCAGAACAGUGGCCUUUAUUUGAUGACUUGUUGAGUUGAGGAUGCCCACAUUCAGGCAAAAUAUAACGUGUCCGUGUCCUGAAAGGCCACAGCAUCUAUUGGUUGUAAAUAAUUGCUGCCAGGCACAAACACUGCUGUUUUUGGUAGCCAUCUGGACAUUACUCUGUUAGGUGGGUUUUUUUAUGUGAUAUCAGUGUAAAACCAAGCAGAACCAAUUAAAUCUUUAUCUGUACAAAUCGGUUUCUCACCAGAAUGUGUUGCUAGUAUUCAUUUUGUUCAGAAAAGCAAGCUGUCUGAACCUGUUUACGGUCGUAUUAAAAGCAUUAAGGGUCAUAACAACAGUUCUGUGUUUUAGAUGAUUGAUUUACAUCUACCGUGUUUGUGGGAUACGUAAAAUGUAUUUUGUGGUAAUCAAACAUAAUCUCCCGUUUCCUAAAUUCAACCAUCAGUCUGGCUUUACAGCCUUGUGUAUAUAUUCGAUGAUUUACGUAUCAUUUCAUGUAAUUUUGCAAUACAGUUGCACAAUUCAUCUGUAGGCAUUUUUCAACACAACAAACAAAAUAAAAACAAUUAUACAUUC